AUGCCGGAGCACAGCGAUGCCAGCCUGCCUCCAGAAGAAAGACUACAGGUUUUGGUACAGAAGGGGACAUCUGUGGAAGUGAAUGAUGACAUUCCACUGAAGCGCUACUACCGAUCUGGGGUAGAAUUGAUCCGCAUGGCCAAUGUGUACACAGGCGAAGGCAAUACAGAACAUGCUUUUAUCCUGUACAACAAAUACAUCACGCUGUUUAUAGAAAAGCUUCCUAAGCAUCGAGAUUACAAAACUGCCAAUGCUAUAGAAAAGAAGGAAACGUUAAAGAAACUAAAAGAAGUAGCUUUCCCAAAGGCAGAGGAGCUCAAGAAAGAGCUGCACAAGCGAUACGGUAAAGAAUAUGCAGAGUUCUUGGAGAGAAAGAAAUGUGAGGAAGAGGAGUGUGCACGCCGGUCAGCUCUGCAGAAGCAGCUAGAAACUGAGAGGGAAAGGGUGGCGCUCAUGAGAAAGCAGCAAGAACAGCAGGAGCAGUUCCAGCCUUUGAGGAGAUGAUCCGAAAGAAAGAACUGGAGAAUGAGAGGCUUCGCAUCCUACAUCAGUUCUCAACGGACACCUCGGGGUCAAAGAUGUCUGGAGGACCCCUCAUCCCAGGUGUUAAUGAGCCCCCUGCCAUUGGACGGCUCCCCACAAAUGAUACUGUCCUACCACCACCACCUGUUGUAGACAGGACUUUGAAGCCAGCAAGUCUUCAUGAAGGCUCUGCUGGCACAGAUGGACUGCGCCAUGUCAUGAUUCCUGAAGAUGUAUGUGUGACGUUUCUGAGACUGGCAGAGCUGAACACACAGAAAGCAGUGGAGACCUGUGGCAUCCUGUGUGGGAAGCUGAUGCGGAAUGAAUUUACCAUCACUCACGUCAUUGUGCCUAAACAGUGUGGUGGUCCCGAUUAUUGUAACACUGAGAACGAGGAAGACCUGUUCUUGAUUCAGGACCAGCAUGGGCUUAUAACACUGGGAUGGAUACAUACCCACCCAACACAGACUGCCUUCCUGUCCAGUGUGGACCUGCACACUCAUUGCUCCUAUCAGAUGAUGCUUCCAGAGUCCAUUGCCAUUGUCUGCUCUCCAAAAUUCAAUGAAACGGGCAUUUUCAGGCUAACAGACUAUGGCAUGAAGGAGGUUGGUGAAUGUCGACAGAAAGGAUUCCAUCCACACUGUAAAGACCCUCCCCUAUUUUGUGCCACCAGUCAUACUACAAUCUGUGACCAGGAUGUCGUCGUCAUGGACCUGCGAUAA